AUGUCAGGAGUUGGACCUCUUUCACAAGACUGGGAGCCCGUCGUUCUCCGCAAAAAAGCCCCCACCUCCGCUGCCAGAAAGGAUGACAAAGCCGUCAACGCCGCUCGCCGUUCCGGAGCCGAUAUCGAAACCAUGAAGAAACAUAAUGCUGCCACAAACAAAGCUGCUUCUAGCAGCACUUCAUUGAACACUAAGAGGUUGGAUGAGGAUACAGAGAAUUUAGCUCAUGAUCGGGUCCCAACUGAACUCAAGAAAGCUAUAAUGCAAGCCCGGACGGACAAGAAGCUUACUCAGGCACAACUUGCUCAAAUAAUCAAUGAGAAGCCUCAAGUGAUCCAGGAGUAUGAGUCAGGAAAAGCCAUUCCAAAUCAGCAGAUAAUUGGCAAAUUGGAGAGAGCACUUGGUGCCAAACUGCGUGGGAAAAAAUGA